AAAAGACAAACACAUACACAAUACAACAAUCAGCGUAACGCAAGUGGGGUGGACACCAAAAACGACGCUGUGCAGAACGACCUUUUCGGCUUUCUUAACAUCGCGACGUAGACGACGACUCUGUCCGACGAAACGGUUACGCUUUAGUGCUCCUUCCUGGUGCCGCUCUUGUACGCUACUUUCCUUUGUACAUCGCCAUCUUCCCGAGAAACGACGUCGUAUCCAUCACCCUCCAUCGGAAGAAAACCCGAUUCCUUCCUCUUAAUUCCGAAACCCUACUUAUAAUUCGUCCCAAAUUUAGUAGACCAAUGGCAUCGUCAUCAGACUCAUGGAUGAAGGAAUAUAAUGAAGCAGUGAAACUCGCCGAUGAUAUCAAUGGCAUGAUUUCUGAGCGGAGUUCAUUAUCCACAUCUGGACCAGAAGCUCAGCGUCAUGCAUCUGCUAUAAGAAGGAAGAUUACUAUCUUAGGGACCAGACUUGAUAGCUUGCAAUCCCUUUUAUCUAAAGUCCCUGGAAAAUCUGAGAAGGAGAUGAAUCGCCGCAGGGAAACACUUACAAAUUUGAGGUCAAAAGUUAACCAAAUGGCUUCAACACUGAACAUGUCAAACUUUGCAAAUAGGGAUAGUUUAUUUGGUCCUGAAAUAAAACCAGAUGCAAUGAGCAGAACUGUUGGCCUGGAUAACAGUGGACUCGUUGGACUUCAAAGGCAAAUUAUGAAAGAGCAAGAUGAAGGCCUUGAAAAAUUGGAGGAGACUGUUGUAAGUACAAAGCACAUUGCAUUAGCAGUGAAUGAAGAGCUGAGUCUACACACUAGACUAAUUGAUGACUUGGACGAACAUGUAGAUGUUACAGAUUCUCGUCUAAGGCGUGUCCAGAAGAACUUGGCAGUUUUAAACAAACGUACCAAGGGUGGUUGCUCCUGCUUGUGCAUGCUUUUAGCAGUGGUUGGGAUAGUGGUUUUGGUGGUUGUGAUAUGGUUGUUGGUCAAAUAUUUGUAGACACAAAAAUACCCUACUUAUAAAGCUUUUCCUUUCUUCUUGUGUGUACUGAAACAGCAUAAUCAAGUUUCUUUGAUUCUUGGUGUCUUGAAAUGGCAUUGUAUCUCAAUUUUCGUUUUCUAAGUGGUUGAUGUCUGGGUUUUCUUACUUGUAAAAAUAUGAGCUUCCUAUGUGACAGAUUGCUCGUGUGCAAAGAGAAUAUUAGUGCCACGUAUUGCCUAUCAAUCAAAAUCUAAUGCUUCAUCA